AUGUACACUAAUAAUAGUAAAGCAGUUUUUAAUAUCUUGACUGAUGCACAAGGUACUGCAGUGAAUGUUGAUAAACGUUCUUUAACAACUAUUAUUGAUGCACAAUCUGGUCAAUUUGAUUAUCCUAUUAAAAGUACGUUGAAUCAAGAAGGUGAAAAACAUACUCAUAGUACAAGUUUAUUAGAUAAAGUUUCAUCAGUUUUAAGUCCUUUAAUAUCAAAUAAUUAUGUACCACCAACAUUAACAUCUGUUAAUGGAUAUCGUGUUGGUGAUGUGUUUCAUUGUCUUCAUAUUGGUGGUUAUCCAGUUGUAUCUGAUGGUAUAUUAUUUAAAAAACAACAAACAUUUAAUCGAUCAAAAAUUGUUGAACGUGCAGUACAUGCAUGUGGUAGUGAAGCAUUUGGUUAUUUUGAAGUAACACAUGAUGUUUCAUCAUUAUGUAAAGCUGAUUUUUUAUCAAAAGUUGGUAAAACAACAUCAGUUAUGAUACGGUUUUCAACAACAACAUAUUGA